GCAGUGUGUGGUUCCGCUGAUAACCUUCCGCUGUUCGCCCAUGACGUCAGCUGGACGUAAACCCUAGGCUUAUGCUCCGAAGACUCGCCGGCGCGGGGAGCUCCUUCCGCCGCCAGCCGCUCGUCAGCGUCACGGUCCUGCUGCUGCUCCUCGCUGCCCAGUCCUUGGUUGCAACCCUGCUAAGGGGUGUUUGGUUCUAGUGCUGGGUGGAAUACGUUUCUCCAACAUCCAUGUCGGGCUUCAAUCUGCUGCAUCUAAUAACCAAGAGUCAGCCUGUAGCUCUGAGGUCCUGCAGUCUUCCCUCAGGAGCAUGUAGGACUAAAAAGACAUGGCCGCUGAGGUUCACACAGGAGGAGCUGAGACAGCGCCUCACACCAAUGCAGUACCAUGUGACCCAGGAAAGAGGAACUGAGAGCGCCUUCAGUGGAGAGUUCACAUAUCGUACAGAUGAAGGGACCUACACCUGUGUUGUCUGUGGGUCCCCCCUGUUCAGUUCCAACUCUAAAUUUGACUCUGGAUCAGGUUGGCCAUCCUUCAGCGACCUCAUGAAGGAGGAAUCCAUUACUAAGGCUGAUGACUUCUCCUAUGGAAUGCACAGAGUAGAGGCUACUUGCAGUCAGUGUGGAGCUCAUCUGGGACACCUGUUUGAUGAUGGUCCGAGACCCACAGGGAAGCGAUACUGCAUCAAUUCUGCCUCACUGGCAUUUCAGCCUAAAGAGACCGCGUCCUCUGCCUCCAGGGGUGAAGCUGAGGGUGGAGCUGCCAGUAGCUCUGCGAGCGAUGAGAAGACUGAGCUCUGAAGGAAAAACAGAGGAAAGAAGGAAAAAAGCCCCUGAGAUUAGGCAGGUCUAUUCUGACUUACUGUGUAAGAAAGAGGUGAUUAUAUUUUGAAAUGAAGUUGUUCAGAAUUCAGCCACUGACCAAAUAUUCUCUGUGAACAGUCAUGCGAAAAGGAAGUUGUGUAUUUCUUUUUGAGAUACAGAUAAGGAAAAGAUUAUAGAAGAAAAAUAAGCUGUUCAAUGAUUUAGUGAUGCAGACAGGAACACACUUCAUUUAAAGUUGUUCUUGUUUUUCUCACUUAUUAAAAUUUGGUUAAUGGAUUGACUUUGGAUUUAAAAAAAACAAACUGCUGUCGUCUCAUUCUGUCACACCAACCCUCUGCAUGUCUUCCUCCUCUACAUUCAUCAAUCUUCACUAUGGUCUUCCUCUUUGCCUCCUGCCUGCACCAUCCCUCCUCUGCCCGUCCUGCUCAGUCCCAGGAAAAAAACCCAGCAUUCAUUCCUCUUGUCUUUAGCACAUACCUCCACCUUUGUGGGCUCUCGCCUGCCUGCUCCCUGCUCUCAGUACAGAUCCCAACUAUUGCAGUCCAUGGAGACUUCUGUCUGACCUCAUCUGUCGACCUCUCCGUCACCCCCACCAUGAACCUGUCGUCAUGCACUUCCUCUCUUGUGUGUUCUCUAGAUCUACAGCUCUUUCUGACCUUCUCUGUAUUUUUUCAUCAACACUGUCAAACGUCACACCUGUGGCGCUCUCUCUCCGCAUGAACCCGGGCUGCUGCUCACUGAUUGUUCCUGGAUUCAAAAACGUGUUCCUGUAUGUUCAUGGUAUGGCUGAUCAGCGUCAUCCCUACAGCUGCGCACAUCAUCCACCCAAAACCUUUCAUUUCUGUGUCUGUGUGUUUGUGUUUGCUGAAUUAAAUAUGAUCUGGUUUGUAGGUGUGUACACACAAACAUGUAGAAAUUGUUAUAUUGUCACUUUGAAAUGAUUAGAUUUUAUUACCAUAUAUUUUUGAAGACAUGGUUGCACACUCUUAACUGAUUAUAUUUUAUUAAUGAUAUAUACAUUUGCUCCUUCUUUAGCUCUCUACCUUGAGAAAUAUUUGCAGUUUUUGGUCACAGUGUGAAUUAAAAUAUUUAACUGGUGAAUAAAAACUAUCCAGGA